CGACUUGCGUGCAUUAUCUAAAUUCAGUAUCGUUUACUGUACGAUACCUUUCAGUCGCUGCCUGCCAAGGAAUUUGCCGUCACUGCCAAGGAAUUAGCCGUCACUGCCAAGGAAUUAGCCGCCGCUGUCAAGGAUCUUUCUAUCUCCGGCUCUGCGAUCCAUUUUUAAACUCUCAGCUUUAAAAGAGAAACCAAUUCAUUUACUUCUUCAUUCAACGUAGAUCACUUUUGUGGCUACAAUUAUUAUCAACGGUUUCGAGAAGACAGAGUAAAGAAGAGUAAAAUGUGGUUGUCAACAUUGGUGUCGAUCUUGCAUUUAAUUAACUUGGCGUUAACUUUGUUGACCGUAAUCUGCGUGUUUGUAUUCAGGAAGAGAAGGACUAUCGAAAAUUCUAUGUGGUCUAUGUUAGAAAGUAUAGCUGUGGGUACAUUUUUAAUGGAAACGGAGAUUCAACUUCAUUCCCAAGAGCCUGAUUUAAUGGUAUGUUUAGUAAUUCCAUGGGUACGCGAAAUUGGAUUUGUCUCCUGCUACGGGUCUAUUAACAUGAAAUUGUACAGAAUCAUGAUGCAUUUCCGCACUAGAAAAGCUCACCAAUGGUCUAUUCGUGAACAUGACUUGACGGUGUAUCUGUUAUUAGGCAUUUUCGCUUGUUGUCUCUAUAUGGCAGCUUACACCGCGAACACUUUGAACUAUAUAAAUGAAGGAUAUGACUUAGUAGAAGAGAGAAUUGCUCCGAACGGCAGUAUAUACAAAACAUGCAAAGUUCAAUGGUGGAGCUACGUCACGGAAACAGGUGAACUUACAAUUCUCAUGGUCGGCAUCCGAUUUGCCCAUGUUGCCCGCCACGCAGUUGUUCGGUACGAUGAGCGCAGAUUUCUUUAUUACGCGCUCAUGUCCGAAGCACUCGUGAGUACUUCGUUUUACGCCGUCCGUUCAUCUCUAUAUGAGUGGACGGGCGGCAGAAAAGAUAUAAUACUUGCGAUUCUCUACGUGCGCGGGCUGCUGACCAACAUUUUCACGUUGCUCAUGGUGUUCGUUCCAAAGAUCUGUUUCGAAAGACAUUUGAACAAAGACAAGCAUAACGAUUCUACUGAUGACCCUUUUGAGCCUUCUCAAACCGAAGUCGAAAUGACUGAGAACGACAAUAAUUCAGACUUGAAUGGCAAUGAUGUAAGGUUAAAGGAGGAACUCAUUCGGUUGUAUCAACAGCUCGAAAAAGACCGAAUAAAAUAUGCAAUGUACAAAAACCCACAUAUUUCAAAACGAAAAGGCGGUAAAAAAUUGCAGCACAGAAGAUUCUCAAUACAGUCAUCUAUCAAGGGCCGUAGAAAAUUAAAGAACAGGGAUUCGUUUGACAUGAGCGACACAAACGACACUACCGAGGUAUCCAGAUCUCCCGAAGACUCGUUGGGAAGCAACGAAGAGGCUCCUUCGAGUGGAAACACUGAAGCCAACAGUAGCUGUGAAUGUUCUACUGCUACCGGCAUACACUGCUCCAAGCACGCCGAAGUCGUUUGACGACUUUGAACUCUCAACAUCAAAUAGCAUAGUUGUUUUAAUUUCUAAAAAAGUAAACAUAAUAACUAUUAUAUUUAAAGUUAAUAUAAUACAAAAAGAAUUCAAACGUUUAUUUAAUUUAUUCUUUUUUCGUCAAUAAUUAAACAAUGUACUU